AUGCAAGUACUUGUAGAGUGCGGCCUUGUAAAGGUUAUCAAUGACAAGAUUCAUGUGCAUGAUUUGCUACAAGAGAUAGGGAGGGAAAUCACUACAGACAAUAAGCCAAAAUUCACAUGUCUCUAUGAUGUAUUCUUAAGUUUUAGAGGUGGGGAUACGCAUAAAUCAUUUACCACUCAUCUUUAUAAUGCUAUGAAACAAGUAGGAAUUGAGGUUUUCAUGGAUGAAGAAAGGAUUGAUAGGGGGGAACACAUUUCAACUUCGUUACUGGGGGCAAUUGAAAAUUCUAGAAUUUCAAUCAUUAUAUUCUCAACAAAUUAUGCCGGCUCUAGUUGGUGCUUGCAAGAAUUAGAGAAAAUCAUGGAGUGUUACAAAACUCAUCAAGAGGUUUUCCCUAUAUUCUAUGAUGUGCACCCAUCUGAUGUCCGUAAACAACAAAAUGCCUUUGGAAAAGCAUGGGAAAGACUUACAACAAGACCCUCAGGUAGCAAGGGUAAGAAAUUCACAAACAAUUUGAAGAGGGUCCUUGCUGAGGCUGCCAACCUAUCAGGGUGGGACAUGCAAAACUAUAGAACUGAGACUGAGUUACUUGACGAUGUUGUGAAAACUAUCACAAUGAGGCUAGACAAUAGCAAAUACAUGUUUGUUGCUCACCAUCCAGUGGGUUUGGAGUCUCGAGUGCAAGAUAUCAUCCAACUGCUAAGUAGUGAAUCAAAUGACAUCAUCAUAAUAGGCAUUUUGGGGAUGGGAGGAAUUGGCAAGACCACGGUGGCUAAAACUAUUUACAAUGAAAUGGGCCAAAGUUUUGUGGGAAAGAGUUUCCUUGCAAAUAUUAGGGAAGUAUGGAAACAAGAUAAUGGUCAAGUUUAUUUGCAAGAACAACUUAUUUCUAGUAUCUUCAAAACAAGACGGAUCAAGCUACCAAAUGCGGGGAGGGGGAAAUCUCUAAUCAAGGAAAUUCUUUGUCAAAAAAGAGUAUUUCUUGUAUUAGAUGAUGUCAAUAAUGAAGAACAACUCAAAGUUUUAUGUGGGAGUCGUGAAUGGUUUGGCCAAGGAAGCAGAAUAAUUAUUACGACAAGAGACCAACGUUUACUUCAAAUCCUUCAAGUGGAUAAAGUAUUUAGUGCAAGGGAAAUGGAUGAUAAUGAAUCUAUUGAGCUUUUCAGUUGGUAUGCGUUUAAGCAAGCACUUCCCGAAAGAAAUUUCAUUGAACUUUCGAGAAGAGUAGUAUCAUACUGUGGAGGGCUGCCACUAGCUCUUGAAAUCCUUGGCUCAUAUUUGUUUGACAGGGAAAGACCUUAUUGGGAAAGUGCUUUGAGUAAAUUGAAACAAAUUCCUAAUGGUAAAAUAUAUGAAAUUCUAAAGAUAAGCCAUGAUGGUUUGAGUGAUAAAAUGGAGCAAGAGCUAUUCCUAGACAUAUGUUGUUUUUUCAUUGGAAAGGAUAGAAGUUAUGCAACUCAAGUACUAGAUGGCUGUGGACUCUAUGCAGAAAUUGGAAUUACCCAUCUAAUUGAGCGAAGCCUUGUAAAAGUUGUAAAAUUUGAAAACAAAAACGUACUUGAUAUGCACGACUUGCUACGUGAUAUGGGAAGAGAAAUCAUUCGUGAACAAUCACCAGAGGAGCCAGAGAAGCGUACAAGAUUAUGGUUUAAUGAUGAUGUGUUGAAUGUGCUAGGAAACAACAUAGGAACAACAGCUAUCAAGGGAUUGUCUUUAAACAUGCCAAGAAACAAUUCAAUACCCUUGAGUACCAAGGCAUUUAAGAAGAUGAAGAGGCUUCGUUUACUCAACUUUGAUAAUGUACAACUUGAUGGAGACUAUGGUCAUCUAUCAAAAGAACUUAGAUGGCUUUGUUGGCGUAGAUUUCUUUUAAAAAGUUGGCCAGCAGACUUCAAUCUGGAAAAGAUAGUUGCCAUUGACUUAAAGUGGAGUAACCUAACAAAAGCAUGGGAGAAAAGCCAGGUGCUGGAGGGGUUGAAAAUUCUCAAUUUGAGUCAUUCUCACUGCCUAACAGAAACAUCUGACUUCUCAAACUUACCAUAUCUUGAGAAGUUGAUACUUAAAGAUUGUCGAGGUUUGUCUAUGAUUCACCCUUCUAUUGGAAAUCUUAGACAUCUUAUUAUGCUAAAUUUGAAAAACUGCAAUGGCUUGGAGCAUCUUCCGAGAAGUAUAUAUGACUUGAAAUCUUUGAGAACUCUCAAUCUUUUUGGUUGUUCCAAAAUUGAAAGGUUGGAUGAAGACAUUGAGAAAAUGGAAUCUUUAACGGUUUUGGUGGCAACUCGAACUGCUAUAACACAAGCACCCAUCUCAUUAGUGAGAUUGAAGAACAUUAAAUAUGUUUCUUUAUGUGGUUAUGAAGGAUUGUCACAUGACAUAUUUCCAUCUCUUAUGUUAUCUUGGAUGCCCCCAACAAAUCAUUCAAGGUCCUUAUUUCAAGCAUUUGGGAUCAUGCCAUCGCUAAUCAAGAUUUUUUCACAUCCUUUGUUUGCUAAAAGUCGUGAAAUAUUCAAAGCAAAACCAAGACCAUCUCAAGUUUCAUGUAAAAAGACUCCAGCAUUGAUUGGUUUUGGCGAGCAAGUUCACAAGGAAAGAUCAGAAACAUUCAUGAGUUCUACAACAAUUCAUGUGGGCGAGUUCAACCAAGUUAUUGACACACUUUUAAGGAGUAUUUCACAGAGAUGCAGUGAAAGAGGUUUUGGAGUUAAUUCUUUUCCUGGAGACAAUUAUCCUCAUUGGCGGAAUUUCAAAGGUGAAGGAUCUUCAAUAUGCUUUGAAGUUCCUAAAAUUAUUGGCAAAAGUUUGAAAGGAUUGAUUCUGUGCAUAAUCUAUUUGUCUUCUCAAGACAACAUGACAUCUGUAUAUUAUCCUGUUGGUAUCCUGGUAUCAAAUCAUACAAAGGCUACCAUUAAAUUGUACCAGAAAAAUGCAACAACUGCUUCAAAUGAUGAAGAUAAUUGGCGAGACAUCAUCUCUAACUUGGAGACUGGUAACAGAGUGGAGGUUAUAGUCACUUUUGCUUGUGAAUUGAAAGUAAAACACACAGUUGUCUAUUUGGUAUAUGAUGAAGAUGCUGUUAAGAGAAUCAUGUACUGA